AUCAUAGAACAAAAAGUUAUUAAUUCAGUCAAAAUUAAUUCCUCACAUUUAAAUCGUUUUUCUUUUAUUUUUUUUUUAUUUUCUCCAUUUUUUCUAAAUAAAAAAUAUAAUGUCAACUGGUAGGCGAUUGGCUAAACGUUCGAUUAUCGGUACAAGAGUUUGUGCACCGGGUCCAGACGGUCUGUGGUAUUCGGGCGUUAUACAAGACGUUAAAACGCCCCCCAGUCCAUCGCAACCAAGUGAAAAUAAUAAUUGUAUCAAUCUAACGCCAGACACAAAAUAUACGGUGCGUUUUGAUUUUAAAACAACAUCGUCUACAUCAUCAACAUCAUCAACAACAACAAUUGGAGCCAUGCAACAACAACAACAACAACAACAACAAUCAAACGAUAAUAAUAAUCAUAAAAGUUCUAUGCCAUCGCCAUUGGCAUCAGGAACCGGAAACGGUUCUGGAGAAGCUUCUCCAUCAUCUAAAUCGUCGUCGUCGGUAUCGGUAACGGUAUUAAGAUCGACAGUUGUUACUGCUGUUGCUUCUUCUUCACCGGGACGUUGUAAUAACGGUACUGGUGGCGUUAUAAUGGACGCCCGCCAACACAAUGUUCGUUCGUCAAAUAAUAAUUUGCUAAUAAAUAGCCCAGCACAAUCGUUGCGUCGCAGUGUUAUGAUGAAGGAAUUUCGUGAAACGGAUUUGAUUGGGCCCGGUUUUCGGUCGAUUAUGGGAGUGCAAUUGCACCCCAGCCAACGUGUAUUUUUAACAUAUAACGGACGUGAAAUUUCCGGCGAUGUUGUUAGCCAUGAUUUGGCCAAGGACGAAGUUAUUGUAAGGAUUAUGACUAUUGGAAGUGAGGAACCAAUUGAAUUAAAAAAGCGCCUUGAAGAGGUACGUCUAUUGGAAUCAAGAAGAUCGGCACGUUUAGCCGAUCAAGAUCGUGACACGGAUUUUGCUCGAUUAGCCGACAUGGGAGGUGAUCGUCGUCGAACAUCGUCACACAACAUUGAUGUGCCAUCAGCACCACAGCAUAACUCACGUAAACGUAGGCCAUCAUAUACACAAGAAGAACGUGAUAAUUAUUUAACUCAAUGCCGGGAUGAUGACGAAAUCAAACUGUGCAAUGCUGCUUUGGUACUUAUGCAUCUAUCUGGAUCUCCACUCUCGCCUAAAGAUAAUCUUAACUCAAUACUCGGUUCAAGUCCAGGAAGUUCAAGUGCAUGGAGUUCUGGUUCAUCAUCGCCGCCAUUAAGUGAUGAUGGUAAAAUAUUUGCAAAUCAUCUAUUGGAUAGUGCACGUAUACGAACAACAUCGCUGUCCACAUCAGAUGAAGGCAUUGUUAUGGAUUAUAGUGAUGAUGCACCACGCAAAAGAAGGGUUAGUGAAGGACAUUCCUCAGUUCCCCGUCGGGUUCCAAAACCGGUAAACAAACGUAUUUUUAAAUGCACCUGGAGAGGAUGCGAUUUCACAGAGAAGACAUCCUCAAAUAUUGAAAGACACGUUCGAGAUGCUCAUAUUGGCCCUAAAAAAGCACGCCGGUCUGUCGAAGAUGAUGGUUCAUUCUCAGACAGUGAUCAUGAAGAAGAAUUUUACUACACAGAAAUUGAAGACGAAGAUGAUGAGGGAAAAGCGCCUAGUCCACCAUCACCGCCAACACUCAGCCAUCGCGAUAUGGCACGUCCACCACACGAAGAUCCCGAAUACCAAAGACAAAUUGUUGGGAAUUUCAAACAAGGACUAGCACAACCUCAUUUGGUCAAUUCAAAAUAUAUACACAUCAGUAAUAAUGGCGCUAACAACAAUCAACAACAUCAAUAUAAUACUUCAAACACAAUAAGUAUUCCAUCGUCUCCAUUAGCCCAUCACAAUUAUACAUGGCCAUCGCCAGUGCCAGCACAACAGCAUCAUCCACAGCAGCCACAACAACAACAACAACAGCAACAACAACAAAAUCCACAACACAGUCCGGUGUCACCAAUAAAACAUCCACGUUGGUCACCACGUCCGUCCACAUCGGUUGCACCAUAUCCAUCACCAACAUAUGUUCAUCAUCAUCACCACAACUACAGCAGCAGCAGUAGCAGUAGCAGCUGUAGUAGUGCUGGUAGCCCUAACAGUACUAGCAGCCAUAUAAAUCAUCAAAUGCCACACCAGACGAUAAGCCACCAUCAAACAUCAACUGCUUCAUCACAUCAGCCAAACCAGCAACAACAACAACAACAACAACAUCACCAACAACAACAGCCACAGUAUCACCAAUUGAUGCAACACAGUAUACCAAGCUCAACAACGGUGACUCUUAGUCCUAAUAUCCAUCACACCGGAAACAAUCAACAACAACAGCACCACCACCAACAACAACAUCAUCAUCAUCACCGAAUGCAGACGCCCCCUUCGCCGGCCUCAAUAACUGCCACAGUAACAACGACCCAUCGUCUACAAUCCCCAAAUAUCCAAACAAAAACGAAAGGUACACCAAACUCACCAAAUCGCCGCACCCGUGGUGAAAAUAAAAAAUGUCGCAAAGUUUACGGCAUGGAGCGUCGCGAACAAUGGUGCACCCAAUGCAAAUGGAAAAAGGCUUGCAGCCGAUUUGGCGACUGAAGGCGGCCUAAAUCGUCAGUGACUAAAGUUCCGGGACAAAAAAAGAACAAUAUAAGUAGUAGUUGUAGCAGCAAUAGCAGUAACAACACCACCGCCACCACCAAAAAAAUCAAUAACAACAAAAUUAAAAAAGCUGCAACAUUAUGCUUAACAGCAACAGCAUCUGUUACAACAACAGCGGUGGCAACUUCCGUCAUCGUACAACAUCCAUCAUCAUCAACCACGGUGCAAAAAUUAAACACACCUACUACUCCCACACUGGCGAUUGCGAAUAAUAAUAAUAAUAAUACUUCAAAUAUCAUUAACAGUAAUAUGAUGAAUCAAACAGAGUCCCCACAAGCAACUGACACAGCUAAGUUCUACAAUAAUUCGCUGUUAAAUUAAAUUAAAUUUAUUUAAUUUUAUUAUUUUUGUUUUUUAUUUUAUUUUUAUUAUCAUGUUUUUAGUUUAAUUUUAUGUUUUUCUUUUGUUUGUUAUUUGUUUUAUUAAUUGAUGCAUAAAUACUAUCAAAACGAAUGAAUGAUAGUUAAUUAGUAUCAUUUAAUAUACAAGGACAUACCUCUCCCCUUCUGCAAAUAUAUAUUUAUUAUAACUUUUUUUUUGUUUACCAUUUUUUUUCAUAUAUAUAUAUUUUUUUUUUUAGUUUUUAAGAAUUUAGACAAAUUUUUGCACUGUUUUUAUUAUUAUUAUUAUUUUAUUAUUAUGUGUACUCUUUCGUGCAUUAUAUAGAUAAUUUUUUUGAUUAAGUUAAAUAAAAAAAAUAACAUAUAAAUAUAAAAAAAACAUACUUUUCUUAGUUUUAAAUAUACACGUGAGUACCUCUAAAUAGAUAAAAAGGUAACAGAAAAAAAAAUAAAGAUUUAUGCAAAAUAUUUUAAUAUACACAUAAAUAUAAAAAGUGCAAAAAAAAACAAAACAAACAAAAAAAAAAGUAAACAAAACAGUAACGUUCUUCGUGGAUUAAAACUUUAAAAAUCUUAUUUUGUUCGUAUCUCUUUCUUAAAAAAUAAAAUUAUUUCUGUUAAAAUUCUGUAUUGACAAAAAAAGAAACAAAACAAAAACCAACACCCAAAAAAUUGAUCGGCUUUUAAAAAUUUUAUUUUGAAAUAACUAAAAAAAAAAACUAACAACAAAAUAGCCUGCAAUAAAAAUUAAAACAAAAUAUUUUUGAUUAAUUUACAACAAAAUAAAAUAAAAUUUAAAAAAAUAUACAAUUAUAUAAAUAUCUAUAUAAACUAUAUACAGUUAAGAGAAGAAAUUUAAAAUUAAUUGUUAUAAAUUGUUUAAAAUUUUAUUAAUAUUUCAGUAUAUCAGUUCUUAUACUGUACAAAAUUUUUCGUUACAAAAAAAAAAAAUCAAAAAUGUAUAUAUAAAAAUAAAACAGAGCCAUAAAUAUGAAGUACAACUUUUUCUCUAUAGCAAAUUAUUUGUUAAACGAAAUAGAAAAUUUACAACAAGAAAGAAAAAAAAAAACAGAAACCCACCAAUUAGUAUUAUUGCAAAACAGACAAGCGUUUUACA